AUGUCGGCGGGGUACGCGGCGAAGCUGUCGUACCGCGAGGACGUGGGGACCGUGGGGUCGCCGGAAUACGAGGAGUCGGGGGAGGCGCUCCGCCGCAAGCUACACCAGCUGGUCGAUAUAUUCACCUCCAGUAAGCGCGUGGUGGCGUUCACGGGAGCAGGCAUCUCCACUGCAGCAGGCGUGCCGGACUUCCGAGGGCCCUCGGGCAUAUGGACGCUGCAGAGGCAGGGGCAGAGCCUGCCGAGCAGCAUGAAGGCGUUUGGGGAUGCAGUGCCGUCGCUCACGCACAUGGCGCUGCUGCACCUGCUCAGACUCGGUCGCGUGCACUGCAUCAUCAGCCAGAACGUGGAUGGCUUGCAUGCGCGCUCGGGGGUGCCGCGCACCCAUCUGGUGGAGCUGCAUGGCAGCUGCUUCCGAGAGCUCUGCCACCGCUGCGGGGCCGAGUACCAGCGGGCGUUUGAGCUGGAGAGCAUUGGGCAGAAGGCGUCUCGGCGGCGCUGCACGGCAGCAGCGUGCGUGGCGCUGGGCACGGCUCCCCGCCUGCGCGACUCCGUGCUCGACUGGGAGGAUGCACUGCCCCCAUCGGAGCUGCAGCGUGCAGAGGACGAGUGCUCACAGGCCGACCUUGUGCUCUGCCUCGCCACCAGUCUGCAGAUCACCCCAGCGGCCAACCUUCCCCUGCGAGCGCUGCGCAAUGGAGGCCGCAUCGUCAUCGUCAACCUCCAGAAAACCCCCAAGGACAAGAAGGCAUCGUUGGUCAUAGCAGCGCGGGUGGACCAAGUCAUGGCUCACCUUAUGUCAAUCCUGCGUCUCACCAUCCCUCCCUUCCACCGCACCUACUCUCUGCACAUCCGCCACUGCUUAACGCCCAUUCAACCCCAAGGCAAGGGCAAAGGCAAGAAGCACCACGCAGCAGCGCAGCCCUCAGUGUUCACAAAUAGGUGGAAGCUGAGCGUUGCAGUGGAGAGCACUCUGGGGGCCCUCGCACCCCUGCCAUCGCUCGACUGCAUUCACGUCUCUUUCCCUGACAGCUGGCCGUUGGAUGAGCUCACCCUCACAUCUCCACCGUACACGUUCAACAGGACCUUCAAACUGCAGAUGCAGCAGGCGGAAGGAGCGGAGGGAGAGGGUGAGAAGCAGCAGCAGCAGCAGCAAGGCGUGACACCUUCAGGAGCCAUCAGUUUCACGUUCAACUUCUCCCAGGGCUAUGGAUGCGAGCCUAUCACCAUCCAUCACGCCGUCGCUCCUUGUCCUUGUCAAGUGUGCACGCACCUCAAUCUCCACCUACUCUCUACCGCCUCUCUGUCUUCGCUCCACCUUUUCUCCACUUUCCUUCCACCUUCUCUCCACCUUCUCUCUUCCUUCUCUCCAUUACUCCCCUCGUCACUUCCAUUUAUUCCCCUUUAA